AUGGCUGCUCCGCCCAGGCACGUCUCCAUGCUGUCCAUCAGCAACAGCAACACUGGCGCCCCUCAGUCCGCCUCAAGCGACAAGCCACAGACUCCGCAGCCAUCACCAUCCCCACAGCCGACGUCUGGCCUCCGAGUGCCUUCGAAUCGCAAGACCAUCUACGACCGACACCUCAACCGCAGUCGCAAUGCGGAGCUCAGCCGGGCAAGCUUCGCGUAUCUAUUCGCGGAGAUGGUCACAUAUGCCCAGCGGAGGGUAACGGGCAUUCAAGACCUGGAGAAACGACUAAACGAACAAGGGUACCCUCUUGGUCUUCGUCUCCUGGACCUUCUCUUCUACCGCUCUACCUCAACCUCAUCAUCCGCCCUCUCCAGUUCGUCUACUUCCUCGUCUCCGCCAAACCGUCCUCUCCGAAUCCUCCCUCUCCUUCACCUCAUCCACGGCCCGCUGUGGCGGCUACUCUUCCAGCGCUCCGCCGAUGCGCUCGAGCAUUCCGUAUCGCCGGAUACCCCCAACGAAUACAUGAUUACCGACAAUGACCCCUUGGUCAACACCUAUAUCAGUGUGCCCCGCGAGAUGAACAUGCUCAAUUGUGCCGCUUUUAUUGCGGGUAUCAUUGAGGGAGUGUGUGAUGGUUGCGGCUUCGAGGCUAAGGUUUCAGCGCAUAACCAGCCGACGGAGAUGUGGCCCAGCCGUACAGUGUUCCUGCUGCGGUUCGGCGAUAGCGUUAUGGAGAGAGAGAAGGUGCUCGAGCGGAAUGGAGUCAAAUAA